CGGCCUCCCCCUCUUCUGCCGCGCCCGGGGGGGCCGGCCCCGCCCCCAGCUGCCCUUCUCGGUGAUCGGGUCCCUGAACGGCGUCCACAUGUUCGGGGCCGGGGCGGGGGUGGGGCUGCGGGGGGCGGCGACCCCCAACACCCGCCUGGCCUGGGGGGGCUACGGGCAGAGCAUCACCCUGAUCGCGCUCAGCUCCGCCCCCCCCCGCCCCCCGGCCCCGCCCUCCGCCGCCUCCUCGACUCCGCCUUCGGCGCCAUGGUGCUGGUGCUGGGACUGGACGAACUGGUGCCCAUCCGCAACGUGGAGCGGCUCAAGCGGGAACUGAGGAGCUGCUUCGGGCUGAUCGACGCGUUGCUGGCGCCCGGGGGGGGGGCUGGGGGGGGCCGGGCUGGGAACCCCCUGCUGGCCCCUCCCCCCGGGGCCCCCCCGCGACCUCCUGCAGGAGGUGCUGGAGCGGUUCGCGGGGGCGGCGCAGACGGGGCUGGGCUGUUUGCUGGGGGGAGGGGGGGGGGCGGGUGGUGCUGGCGACCCCCCCCCUGGUGGGGGCUGCCCCCCCCCGACAGCGCCCUCCUGGGGGGGCUCCUCCUCUGCCCCCCCCACCCCCCCGGACCCCCCCCCGACCGCCCGCGACCUGCCCGUCUACCUGCCCCACAGCAGCCCCACGGUCCCCCACCGGCUGCUGCUGCUGGAGCUGGUGCCGGGGGUGGGGGUCGCGCUGCUCUGCGGCCCCCGCCCCCCCCUGCAGCUCGUCCUCACCCAGCUCGUGCCGCAGUUCUGGAGCCCCGUCCUGCAGCAGUUGAGGGGCUGCGCCCGGCGCCCCCCCCCCGCGCUGCCCCCCGGGGUCCUGGCGUACCUGCUCAUCCAGCCCCAGCAGGGCCGGACCCAGAGCGGCAUCGUCACGGGGGGGGGGCAGGAGGGGUCGCUGCCCCCCCCCCCGCCGUGGGGCCGCCCUGUGUCACCUCUACGCCCUGGUGGCCCCCCAGUACGGCCCCGGGGAGGGGGGGGGGGCCCAGGUGA